AUGACAUUUGCCUCCACUCUUUCACAGGCAGAAGCUUUGCUUCAGCCUUCAGAUCUUAAAGCAUCGUCAAGUGAUAUACUUCCGACAGUAAGCGAGUUAGAUGUGCAGCUUGUGUUUGGCAGCCUUUUAGAGUUGCACAAUAAUAUCCGUAUGCUUGUUGACGCACUUGAGGCGGAAACUGAUGAAGCCGAGCCCUGCCAGCCGGUCGGAACAUCCACCAAUACUACUAGCAUAGUUAAUGCGACAACUGAACCUGGGGCGGAUAAGACAGCCCGUUCAGAUCAAAUACAGACCAUUCAUCCAUCGCCUGUCCGAAACGAAUCGGUCGUGUCAUCUACUCAUCUCGAUUACAAGAAAUCUCAUCUCGACUCAUGGGAUCGAGUUGGCUCUGCAAACUCACCAUCACUUUCCCGUUCGUCCUCUCCUUCGCCUUCACUAUCAAUAUCUUCAGCCCCCUUGGCAUCCAGCCCUCCUAGCGUAUUUACCCUCCAAUCAGGAAUGCUGAAACCCCCAACUCCAAUGCAGCCUCGAUCAAUUCUUGGGAAUCGGAUUGGACCUGCAGUUUCUGGGCCUCAUCUUGAUCGCAGGACAAUAAGGCGGCGGAAGCGUCGAUUGGUUGGUGUCUGUUUGAUUGAACCGGCAGAAGAUGAUUCACUCGAUGUGUUUAGCCAGUAUGCAAGUACCAUUCUUGGGGCGGACUCCCGCGAUCGCUCGUGGCAGUUGGCAGAUUCACCUGAAGUCGCAGGAGCACUUUGUCGUCUCAGUCGUACUUUACUACAUACUGCAACACGUGCCAAGGCGAGUUUUAAUAUAUGA